GAGGAGGAGGAGGAGUUGAAUGUAGCGCAUGCGCUUUACUGGUGUGGAAGUGUUGGACAGUGAUAAACAAACAAAUAAAUCAGACCAAACGAUUAACAAUUAGUUUGUAAUAUUUAUCAUGGCAGUAAACGCGGUACAUUUAGAGUCAGAUGCAUUUCUAGUAUGUAUGAAUCAUGCUCUGAGUACGGAGAAGGAGGAAGUAAUGGGGCUCUGCAUUGGCGAGGUGGACACAAACCGCAUUGUGCACAUUCAUUCUGUCAUCAUUCUGCGUCGAUCGGACAAGAGGAAAGACAGAGUGGAGAUUUCCCCAGAGCAGCUUUCAGCAGCAUCCACUGAAGCGGAGAGGUUGGCUGAGAUGACAGGACGUCCCAUGAGGGUUGUGGGCUGGUACCACUCUCAUCCACACAUCACUGUGUGGCCAUCACAUGUUGAUGUUAGGACUCAAGCAAUGUAUCAGAUGAUGGAUCAGGGUUUUGUUGGACUCAUCUUCUCAUGCUUUAUAGAAGAUAAAAACACAAAGACCGGUAGAGUUCUGUACACCUGUUUCCAAUCAGUACAGGCCCAGAAAGGCUCAGAGUAUGAGCGGAUUGAGAUCCCAAUCCAUGUAGUCCCACAUGAAGCCAUUGGAAAAGUAUGUCUGGAGUCUGCCGUGGAACUGCCCAGAAUCCUCUGUCAAGAAGAACAGGAUACGUACAGAAGGAUUCACAGUUUAACUCAUCUGGAUCCAAUCACAAAGAUACAUAAUGGAUCAGUGUUCACUAAAAACCUGUGCAGUCAGAUGUCGGCCAUAAGCGGCCCGCUGCUGCAGUGGCUGGAAGAUCGACUGGAACAGAAUAAACAGAGCAUCAUCAAACUCCAGAAAGAGAAGGAGCAACUGACACGAGAACUGGCUGCAUUAUAAGGAGAAUGAUAGGAAAAUCCUUAAAAGCUCCAUUCUUUUUUUUUCAUUCCUUUGUUUUUCCUCUGAAAGCGUUGGCUUUUCUGCCCGUCUUGGAAAUCAGUGUGAGAGCAAAGACAAGUCUGUACUUCCACAUUUUGUGAUCUCAGUUUAUAACAAGUACUUUCUCAGUGCUUCCAGACAAAUAUUUGAAUUAUGUGCUGAACUUAAUGCUGUCUGCAACUCUGUACACUCUUUUGUAAUGUUUUAACUCAUCCAUCAGCUUCGGCUUACUGUCAUGUGUACAGACACACAAAUGCUUUACAAGCUGGUAUCUUUAGUUGAUGUAUGUAUGCACUGAACAAACUAUGACAAAAUGCACAUUCUUAAACGUUUUGAUUUUGAUGGUAAUCAUAAUUGUUCUAUAAGAGUGAUAUAGAUGGAUAUUUUUUCACUGAAGCUAUUUCCACUGAAGCUGCAAAUCAUUUUGAAAUGACAAUGUAAAUACCUGCAUUGAAUAUACAGUGGAUUAUCUGUUAUAUUAACUGAAUGUUUCUUUUUUUCAACUCUUUCUUAACUAAAUUCAGUUUGGUAUGUGGGUUUGGAAAUCAAAACUAUAACACCAUGGAUUUUUUAUCAUUUACGUGCAGAUUUUCAGUCUAGACUGAAUGUUUCUGUGAAUGUCAAGCAUGUCUGGUUGAACAGUCUGGCACUUAGACUAUGAAUAGAAAUGGUGUGUUAAAGAACUUCAGAUGAAAUACUAAAAUGAACAUUUAAGCUGACAGUUUGAAAGACCUGAAACCACACUUUAACUUUAUCACACAGGCGCUAUCUAGUCUUACUUAAAUGUUUUAAUAUAAAAUCAGUAGCGUACUAUGAAAAAAAAAAA